UGGAAAAUGAAUGCUGCCGUAAAGCGCUCCAUGACAACAUGCUGAUGUCCCGGUGAAGUCCGUUUUACAUUCAUUUUUACUGUCAAUGUAUGAGUUGACGACAGUUAGAGUUUCACUUAAAGUGCUUAGAAUUUAAGUGACAAAAUGAGCACCCACACAGUUCUGGUUCUGUACGGGAGUCAGACGGGAACAGCGCAGGACACGGCAGAGCGGAUCGGCCGUCAGGCGCAGAGGAGGCGGAUGCGAGUCAGAGUGGAAGCCCUGGACAGUUACAAUGUGGCUAACCUGAUCUCAGAGUCUCUGGUUGUGUUUGUCUGCGCCACCACAGGACAGGGAGACCCUCCUGACAAUAUGAAGAAAUUCUGGAGGUUCCUGUUUAGGAAGUCUUUGCCUGCUGACUCUCUUUGUCGCCUUGACUGUGCUGUGCUGGGCCUUGGAGACUCCUCGUAUCCAAAGUUUAACUUUGUUGCCAAAAAGCUCCAUAAGCGCUUGCUUCAGCUUGGUGCUAACAUGCUGCUGCCUGUUGGACUGGCUGAUGAUCAACACGAUUUAGGGCCAGAUGGUGUGAUUGACCCCUGGUUGAUUUCGUUCUGGCAGAAAACCCUGUCUCUCUACCCUCCUCCAGCUGGCCUCGCUCCUCUCCGUGAGGAAGAAAAACUUCCACCCCGAUACGUUUUCCACUUUUUAGAUGAAGUCCCAGACAAGCAGACUGAGCAUCUCCAGACCCCUGAAAAUAAGGCUCCUCCCACGCCGCUGCAGCCUUUUCCAGCUCGAGUUGUGUUCAAUCAAAGAGUGACGCAUCCUUCACAUUUCCAGGAUGUCAGGCACAUCGAGUUCGACAUCACAGGCUCCAACAUACAGUACGGUGCAGGUGAUGUUGUAAUGAUGAGACCUUGUAACGCUGCAGAGGAUGUGGAGCAGUUCUGCCAGCUACUGAAACUUGACCCCGAGUGCUACUUCACACUAACUCCCACUGACAGCAGCACAGUGGCAGUUCCUGCACGUCUCCCUCAGCCCUGCUCCGUUCGCUUUCUGGUGGAGCAGUUCCUGGACAUUUCUGCUGUUCCACGCCGUUCCUUCUUUGAGCUGUUGGCCACUUUUGCCACAAAUGAGCUGGAGCGUGAAAAACUUUUGGAGUUCAGCUCCGCUCAGGGUCAGGAUGCUCUUCACUCAUACUGUAACAGACCCCGCCGAACAGCCCUGGAGGUACUGACAGACUUCCCUCAUACCACAGCAGAGAUAAGCAUUGACUACUUGUUGGAUCUUUUUCCAGAAAUUCAGCCUCGCUCCUUCUCUAUUGCCUCUUCUCUCUUGCAACACCCUAACCGUAUUCAGAUCUUGCUUGCUGUGGUGGAAUAUAAAUCUAUGCUUUUAAAGCCACGCAAAGGCCUCUGCUCUUCCUGGCUGGCAUCUCUGGAUCCCUCUAAAGGAGAUGUUUACGUACCGCUGUGGGUGAAGAAGGGGAGUUUGAGUUUCCCUCAGGACCCAGACACCCCUGUUAUAAUGGUGGGACCAGGGACUGGUGUGGCUCCCUUUAGAUCUGCCAUACAGGAGAGGGCUGCUCAAGGAAAGAUGGCUAAUGUGCUAUUCUUUGGCUGUCGGUCUGAAUCAAAAGACUUCUACUGUCAAUCAGAAUGGGAGGAGAAAGUGCAGGCGGGACAGAUGAUCCUUGUUACAGCCUUCUCCAGAGAUCAGGAGGAAAAAAUCUAUGUUCAGCAUCGUGUCAAGGAACAAAGCAAACUUUUAUGGGAGCUAAUAGCAAAAAAGAAUGCUUUCUUUUACAUAGCAGGGAAUGCCAAGCAGAUGCCCACAAGUGUAUGUGAUGCGCUGAAAGAAGUAUUCCAGAAAGGGGGUGGCAUGUCUGAAAACCAGGCACAGGAGAUGCUGGAUGCCAUGGAGAAAGCCAAACGCUUUCAAAGUGAAACCUGGUCCUGAUCCCUCUAUUAAACCCAUAGCCUUAUAACCAAGAGCCUCAAGUCUAACAGUGAGUUUAGACCAAAGAUGCCCAAACAAGGUCUUGGAGGGCCGGUGUCCUGCAGAGUUUAGCUCCAACUUGCCUCAACACACCUGCCAGGAAGUUUCUAGUAUGCCUAGUAAGAGCUUUAUUAGCUGGUUUAGGUGUCUAUUUGAGGUUGGAGCUCAACUCUGCCAGACACUGACCCUCCAGGACAGAGUUUGGACAUGCAUAGUUUAGACUGAGAUUAAUGGCGUUAGAGUACAUGGUGCUUUGAUUCCACUAAGUUUGAAAGAUGAUUAAACCUCAGUUGUGGUCUGACCACUUUCUUCUCCCAAAUUGUUCUCUACGUUGUAACUGGGACCUGUAAAUGUAACUGACCAACAUGACACACACACACACACACACACACACACACACAACCAGACCAUGAAUUUCAUAUUAGCUGUAAACUAGGCAGUUACUGCUUCCAGCUUUGCUGUAUGAAAUUGAAGGACAAAGCGAUAAAGACUUGUAACCAAAGUUGAAAAUAAUUAAAUUCUCUUCUUUUUUUAAUUUAAAUUUCAUAAAAUAAAUCUUGAUAAAGUAAAUCUUAAAAUUCAUUUUCCCUCAAUAACUACUGUUUCUGAAACAAUACAUCUGAAGUCAAUAACUAUGCUACUAAUAUAUCAAUAAACACUUUUAAAACAAGCAACUUUGUCAUAAUUAUAGCUGACAGACUAU